AUGGUCGACUACAUAGGGUGUCCGCUUACUCAUCGGUGUCGACUACAUAGGGUGUCCGGCUUACUCAUUCGUGUCCCCUCUAACGUCUCACCCCUGCUACUCCAAACCACCAUCGAUUUAUCCACUUUAUUUCGACAGCGAAGCAGCAAGAACCAAGAACGCAUUACGACGCUGCUGGUGUUGGUGGUGCGGCGACGUGGGUUGCUGGUGGCGGUGACUGGAGGCGUUGUGGUCUUCAGGUGUCGCAAAUCGAUUGCUUCGUGGCAGUUCUAUUCCAUCGCUACGAGUUCCGAUCAAUUUAGUCCAGGUAACGUCGCUCACCACCAUGGUCCAACCCACCGUCGCUCUCCACCACCGAUUGUCCCUACAGGAACUCAUGGUGUGCGAAUAUAG